AUGAAUUGCGCUGGUUGUAAUACAAUCUGCAAACCGGGGGCGCGGCUGCUGAAUUGUCAUUCCUGCGAAGGAAUCUAUCACAUUGAAUGCCUUAAUAUUAAGCAGCAACAAUAUUCUUCACUGUCAGAAGAAUUUAAGGCAGCCUGGAAAUGUCCCUCAUGCAAUAAUGUUAUCCGUCGUGGACGAUCCAACUUGCUUAAGCCCGUGCGAUCCACGCAAAUACCUUUGGAUGAUAACAUGAAUAUGUCAUAUGAAAUCGAGGGCCAAGCACCCAUCUCACCGACUACACCAGCUGCUUCAGUCCAUGACUGUGUUGCCCUGGAGACGGGUGCUACUUUCCAUACAUUCACACAGGAACUACAUAAGACCUUUGAGGAAUGGCGAAGUGAUAUGAACAAUACACUAACUGUAUUCAAGGAGAAUAUCAAGAGCUCACUACAUGACUGGCGAGAUGAGAUGGAGGCAAGUAUAACUAAACUUAAUGAUGAUUUAAAAUUUGCUUUCAAUGGAUUCAGGGAGGAGAUAUGCACCCUUCGUGCUGAACAUGAGCGUCUAAAGCAUCAAACUGCUGAUAUAUGUGAUGUCUCAGAAUUAAAAGCAUCCAUGCUGUUCCUUUCCGGGGAACAAGACGAUUUCAAAAAAAAAGUGGACGGCACAAUACGUCAAUCCACCGAACAAUCCAGCCUAACCAUUAGCAACUUGGAAACUAAAGUCGAUUACUUAGAGCAACAAGCCAGACAAUGUAACAUCGAAAUCUGUAACACUCCUGAAACUCGCAGUGAAAACUUGUUAAACAUAAUGGGAUCGAUUAGUAUGGCUAUUAACUUUCCAAUUUCUCAGAAAGAUAUCCUGUCAAUCCAUAGAGUUCCCCAUGCUCACCGUUAA